AUGCUCUUCCCUUCCCUUCCAAAGAUAUUUACGGAAGACUUGUUGGAGGAAGGGAAUGGAAGGGAUGACUCACCAAUUUCAUCACCUCCUUCAUCACCUUCAUCACCUUCUUCAUCACCACCAUCACCAAGUUCAUCACCAUCUUCAACACCAAUGUCAUCACCUCCUUCAUCACCACCCUCAACACCUUCAUCACCACCAUCACCAAGUUCAUUACCAUCUUCAACACCAAUGUCAUCACCACUUGGUCAUUCUACCUCGACUCAAGCUCCGGAAAGUCACCACCAGUACCAGUCUCAACACCACUCCAAGUCAUCACCACCUCGUCCGGCAACUCCAGCGGGCUCUCAACACCACGUGCUAUCAACACCAUCACCUCCAACGAGCUCUCAACACCACGAACACCACUUUCAACUCCACUUAUCAUCACCACCACCACCUCUAGGAACCCCACGAAGCCUAGAACCCUCCCAACACCACGUACCAUCAACACCACCACCUCCAACGACCACAGCGAGCUCUCAACAUCACCCACCACCAUCACCACCACCUCGAUCCACCAUUAUCAUCAAGAAGAAUGGUGUUAGAUUCUUCGUCCCUGUCCCUCCCGCCUCUGACCCUUCGCUAAUAAGGUCGGAAGGGGAGUUGAAGAGACGCCCGAGCCAUGACAAACGACCCUACCCUAAGACCUUUUCUACGGGGCCUUCUGAUAUGGAUUCCUUCUCCUCUGCAAGUGUCCCUGGCAAUGAUAUCUCUUCUACGGGUCCUCCUGUUGAUUAUGUCUCUUCUACAAGCUCUACUGUUGGCCUCGUCUCUUCUACAAGCUUCCCUGUCAAUUCUGUCUCUUCUACAAGCUCUCCUAUCCCGUAUUUCUCUUCUACGAGCUCCCCUGUCAAUGCUUUCUCUUCUACAAGCUUCCCUGUCAAUUCUGUCUCUUCUACAAGCUCUCCUAUCCCGUAUUUCUCUUCUACGAGCUCCCCUGUCAAUGCUUUCUCUUCUACAAGCUCUACUGUUGACUAUUUCUCUUCUACAAGCUCCCCUGUCAAUCCAAUCUCUUCUACAAGGUCUCAUAAUGAUUCCCUCUCUUCUACAAGCCUCUCCUCUCUCUCGAACUCAUCCUCAGCAUCUUCACUCUCUCCUCCUUCCUUGUCUCUCUCCUCCCCUUCACCAGCAUCCCUUUCAAACUCAUCUCCUUCUAAUUUAUCUUCAGCAUCUUCUUUAUCUCCUCCUUCCUCAGCAUCUUCAUCUCUCUCCUCUCCUUCCCCAGCAUCCCUUUCAAACUCAUCUCCUAAUUUCUCUCCAGCAUCUUCUUUCUCUCCUCCUUCUACAGCAUCUUCAUCUCCUCCUCCCUCAUCUCCUCCACUGAACUCCACCUCCACAAACCCUCACCUCCAAUCACCUCCGCCUCUCAACACCACCCCAUCACCACCACCUAACAAAUUCCCGACAAUCUCCAAUCGCCAUCCGCCCUUCCGACCCCUUCCUCGCCCAUUCCCGUUCCUCCCCCACACUUUGACCCCCUCCUCCUCCUCCUCCUCCUCGUCCCCCCGGCCCCCCUCACGCCCCCCGCUGCCGUCCAUGGGGGUCUUCGGCGGCGCCCCCUGUGGAGUGACUUUGUUGAGGAUGCUGAAUCACUUAAUGGGACGGGAGCUCAGUGAGGAUGUCUUCGGGAUGACGGUCUACAGGGCGGUCAUGGAGAGCAUCCUUGUGGCGGAGUGUGGAGUUCCCUGGUGGAGGUGGAAGAACAGCACAUCACCACCACCACCUCCACUCACCUCCACCUCAACACCGCGACCAAUUUCAAGAGGAAUGGACGACUGGCUUUCCAUGGACGACUUAAAAACGACUGUAAGAUAAUAGUAGUAGUAGUAGUAGUAGUGGUAGUAG